AUGAGCUCCGUGAGCUUGCGGAGCCUAGCUCCUGCCUCCAAGAUCUCCCGCGCCUUGAGAGAUCAGAGACGUCUCUUUUCCUCCUCCCGUCCUGCAGCCCGCAUCUUCGGCAGCAACCCUCUGCGCGCCAAGGCCGCCAAUGGCUAUAUCUCAGAGAAAUACCCCGUCAUUGACCACGAGUAUGAUGCCGUCGUGGUCGGUGCGGGUGGUGCCGGUCUGCGUGCCGCCUUCGGUCUGGCGGAAGCUGGCUUCAACACUGCCUGUGUCUCCAAGCUUUUCCCUACUCGAUCUCACACAGUUGCUGCCCAAGGUGGUAUCAAUGCCGCUCUUGGAAACAUGCACCCUGACGACUGGAGGUGGCACAUGUACGACACCGUGAAGGGUUCCGACUGGCUUGGUGACCAGGAUGCUAUUCACUACAUGACCAGGGAAGCCCCCGCUUCCGUUCGUGAGCUGGAGGGUUACGGUUGCCCCUUCUCUCGUACCGAGGAUGGUCUUAUCUACCAGCGUGCCUUUGGUGGUCAGUCUAGGGAAUUCGGCAAGGGCGGCCAGGCCUACCGUUGCUGUGCUGUCGCGGAUCGUACCGGUCACGCCCUUCUUCACACUCUCUACGGACAGUCUCUGCGUCACCACACGAACUACUUCAUUGAGUACUUUGCUCUGGAUCUUCUGAUGGAGGAUGGCGAGUGCCGUGGUAUCAUCGCCUACAACCAGGAAGAUGGAACUCUUCACCGUUUCAAGGCCCACCACACCGUUCUCGCUACUGGUGGUUACGGUCGUGCCUACUUCAGCUGUACCUCCGCCCACACCUGCACUGGUGACGGUAUGGCCAUGGUUUCUCGUGCUGGACUUCCUAACCAGGAUCUGGAGUUCGUCCAGUUCCACCCUACCGGUAUCUACGGUGCUGGAUGUCUGAUCACUGAGGGUGCUCGUGGUGAGGGUGGUUACCUGCUCAACUCUGAGGGUGAACGUUUCAUGGAGCGUUAUGCUCCUACCGCCAAGGAUCUGGCUUCCCGUGACGUCGUCUCCCGUUCCAUGACCAUGGAAAUCCGUGAGGGCCGUGGUGUCGGCCCUGAGAAGGACCACAUCUACCUGCAGCUCAGCCACUUGCCUGCUGAGCUUCUGCACGAGCGUCUGCCCGGUAUUUCCGAGACCGCCUCCAUUUUCGCUGGUGUCGAUGUCACCAAGCAGCCCAUCCCUGUCCUGCCCACCGUCCACUACAACAUGGGUGGUAUCCCCACCAAGUUCACUGGUGAAGUCCUGACUCAGGAUGAGAACGGUAACGACAAGGUUGUCCCUGGCCUGUACGCUUGCGGUGAAGCCGCCUGCGUCUCCGUCCACGGUGCCAACCGUCUGGGUGCCAACUCGCUUCUGGAUCUGGUCGUCUUCGGUCGUGCCGUUUCCCACCGUGUCCGUGACAUCGCCCAGCCCGGCAAACCCCACCGUGAGCUGAGCUCCGAUGCUGGUGCUCAAUCUAUCAAGGACCUUGACACCAUCCGCACCGCUGACGGCCCCAAGUCUACCUUCGAGAUCCGUAACGCUAUGCAGAAGGCCAUGCAGACUGACGUUUCUGUCUUCCGUACCCAGGAGUCUUUGGAUGAGGGAGUGGAGAAGGUCACUGCCAUCGACCAGAUGUACGACCAGGUCGGCACCAAGGAUCGCACUAUGAUCUGGAACACUGACCUCGUUGAGACUCUGGAACUCCGCAAUCUGCUGACUUGCGCUGCCCAAACUGCCGUUGCCGCCGCUAACCGUAAGGAGUCUCGUGGUGCUCACGCCCGCGAGGACUACCCCGAGCGUGACGAUAAGAACUGGAUGAAGCACACCCUUACAUGGCAGAAGUCGCCUCACGGCAAGGUCGACAUCGGCUACCGUGCCGUCGAGCACAACACCCUUGAUGAGAACGAGUGCAAGAGCGUUCCUCCCUUCAAGCGUGUCUACUAA